GCACAGGUUUCUGAGGCGCUCAGGCCAAGAAGAAGGCCAGGGCCCCCUCCCCCACACCCACUGCUGUCCCAGCGGGCCCAGGCUGGGAGGUCACUAACCCCAGUCACUCAGUCAAGGACUUGGCUGGAGGACCUCUCGGCCAUCCAGGCGGACCCAUGGCCACCUCAGGACAGACAGUCGGAGACCACAGUCUAGCAAAACUGACUCCUGAAGCCCCCAGCGCCGGCCCAGGCAGGUUCACCAGGGUCUUCCUUUCAUCAGACCGGGGUGCUGUUUCCUGCUGGUCUUUUUACCUGACCAGCCGGCACCACCGAGGCCAAGCAUGGCAAUGCCAGACAGACGGUCCCCGCAGGGAAAGCCUCGCCUGGGAUAAACAGGAUGCACAGAUGGCCCUGCCUCCACGGGGCACCAGGCCCCAAGGUCACCACAGACACAGGAGCCAGCCGCAAGCAGAAGCCCAAGUCCAGGAUCCCAGGAGGCACCACUCCCUGGGACUAGGACCACGGGCUGCCCAAAGAUCCCACAGAGGGGUGGGGGUGGUGUCUUCCCAGAGGAGCCCCCGCCCUCGCGUUCCCGUGCCUGCAGCCCGCAGCCGCAACCGCUUCACCCACCGUGGGAGACCACCCACUGGGACCCAUGUCAGCGGGAAGAGAGGCCAGCGGUCCAGGAUUGCAGGGGUCCGGCGGAGCCACACCCGGGUGCCAGGCUGGGCCCAGGAGACAUCAAUGGGGAGCAGCCAAGAGGAACAGCUACUGCGCUCACCAAGCCAGCCGGGGCGAGACGCAGGUGGGCUUGGGGCCAGGCCGGGGGACAGGACAGCCUCCCGCCAGGCCAGAGCCUCGGACCCCCACCUGCCCGCAGGCCUCCUGGACGACACUGAUGUUGCCCGGCCUCGGGCCACCAUCCCGGAGAGGCCCCUGCUGGAGGGGGAGAGGCGGCCACACAGCGGCAGGCAGGGGCCCUGCUUCUACAUUGGAGGAAGCAACGGGGCCUCCAUAAUCGGCUCCUACUGCAGGAGCAAGGGCUGGCGGCGCAUCCGGGACAGCCGGCGCGAGGACUACACGCUGAAGUGGUGUGAGGUCAAGUGCAGAGACAACUACCACAGCUUCCGGGAAGGGGAGCAGCUGCUGUACCAGAUUCCCAACAACAAGCUCCUCACCACCAAGAUCGGGCUGCUCAGCGCCCUGAGGGAGCACUCCCGGGUUGUGAACAGGACCCACAGGACAUCACGAUGUGCCCAGGCCAAAUCUAGAAAGGAUGAGGCACCUGCCCUUGAGGAGCUCACGUGGACCAGCCCAGGACACCUCAGGCCACAGAGGGUCCUGAAAAUGGAAGAAUUUUUCCCGGAGACCUACCGUCUGGACAUCAGGGACGAGAGAGAGGCUUUCUUCACUCUGUUUGAUGAAAAUCAGAUGUGGAUCUGCAAGCCCACUGCGUCCAACCAGGGCAAAGGCAUAUUUCUGCUCAGGAACCAGGAGGAAGUGGCCGCCCUGCAAGUCAAGACGCAGAGCAUCGAGGACGACCCCAUCCACCGCAAAAUGCCGUUCAGGGCGCCUCAGGCGCGGGUCGUGCAGAGGUACAUCCAGAACCCACUUCUACUGGAUGGGAAGAAGUUUGAUGUGCGCUCCUACCUGCUCAUUGCCUGCGCCAUGCCAUACAUGGUCUUCUUUGGCCAUGGCUAUGCCCGCCUCACCCUCAGCCUUUAUGACCCUCAUUCCAGCGACCUCAGUGGCCACUUGACCAACCAGUUCAUGCAGAAGAAGAACUCCCUGUACGCGCUGCUCAAGGAGGACUCGGUGUGGAGCAUGGAGCGCCUCAACCGCCACAUCAACGACACAUUCGGGAAGACCAAAGGGCUGCCCAGAGACUGGGUCUUCACCACCUUCACGAAGCGGAUGCAGCAGAUCAUGGCCCACUGCUUCCAGGCUGUCAAGUCCAAGCUGCACUGCAAGCUGGGCUACUUUGACCUCAUUGGCUGUGACUUCUUGAUUGAUGAGAACUUCAAGGUGUGGCUGCUGGAGAUGAACUCCAACCCUGCCCUGCACACCAACUGUGAAGUCCUGAAGGAGGUGAUUCCAGGCGUGGUCAUGGAAACCCUGGACCUGGCGAUCGAGACCUUUCAGAAGAGCUUGCGCAACCAGAAGAUGCUCCCUCUGCUGCCCCGCGCUGCAGAUGCCCAGAGGAUCUGGGCUGUGGGUGAGGGGCACAUGGCCAUGGCAGGAGAGCCCCGAAGGACGCGCUGA